UGUAACGUUACACCCGCUCGAGAAGAGAAGAGAACGCGCAGCCCCCCGGCUUUUCUGCCGGGAGUGAGUGACGAGUCUCUCUGAUCUCUGAUGUCCACGUCCUCAAAAAUUCCUGCAGAGAAAAGCGUCUGCUGUGCCUCCUCCUCCUCCUCCUCCUCCUCCUUCUCCUUCUCUGAAUGAACCUACAUCAGGACGCAUAGGCUAUAGUGUCGGGGGACCCUGCAGUUGAUGAAAGUUUCAGAAUAAGUUCCGGACACUUUAAGUAUUGUCGCUAAAAAAACAGCGGCCUCGCGGUAAAGAUGCGCGUGUGUUUAGUUUUGAGUUUGUGGUUUGCGAAAUGGACUUUCACAGUGUGCAACCCCGGUCCGAUUGAGGACGUGGUGAUAGACCGCUACUCCGUGCCCGAGCGCUGCGUGCGAGCCGUGAAGGCUGACGACUUUGUCCGGUACCACUAUAACGGAACUUUCGUCGACGGGAAACAGUUCGAUUCCAGCCAUGACAGGGGCGUGGCCUUCUUCGUGCAGGUGGGCCGCGGGCGGCAGAUCGCCGGAGUGGACAAGGGCAUCAUGGGAAUGUGCGUCAACGAGCGGCGCAGGAUCGUAGUGCCCCCUCACCUCGCCUACGGCAGCAAGGGUGCAGGUGACGUCAUCGGGCCGGACACGACGCUGGUGUUCGACGUGGUUCUGCUGGACGUGUGGAACCGGGCGGACCGCACGCACACACACUCCGUGAGCCGCCCCGCCAACUGCCGUCGCUCCGUCCAGAAGUCCGACUUCGUGCGCUUCCACUUCAACGGAACCCUGCUGGACGGAACGCCCUUCGACUCCAGCUAUGAGCGGCAGCAGACGCAGGACUCGCUGGUGGGGGAGGGCUGGCUGAUCGCUGGGCUGGAGGAGGGGCUUCAGGGCAUGUGUGUCGGGGAGAGGCGGAGCAUCCAGGUGCCCCCAUUCAACGGCUACGGAGAGAAGGGAUACGGUGGUGGUGUGCCCCCCCAUGCCACCCUGCUGUUUGACGUGGUCCUGGAAGACCUGCACAAUGCCAACGACGACGUUGUCGUGGAGACGCUGGAGAUUCCGAAGCCCUGUGCCCGACACUCCGUAUCCGGAGACUUCAUCCGCUACCACUACAACGGAACGUUCCUCAACGGGCACGCAUUCGACAGCAGUUACCGGCGUAACCAGACGUACGACACCUACAUCGGCCUGGGCUACGUGAUCGUGGGGAUGGACAAGGGGCUGCAGGGGGUGUGUGCAGGAGAGAGGAGACGCAUCACCAUGCCCCCACACCUGGCCUACGGAGAACAUGGAGCAGGGAAGGACAUCCCCGGAUCAGCCGUGCUGGUGUUCGACGUGCUGGUGGUGGACUUCCACAACCCUAAGGACUCCGUGGAGAUCCAGGUGACGCGCAAGCUGGACUGCAACGACACCAGCGCCGGGGAAGACUUCGUCCAGUACCACUACAACUGCUCUCUACUUGACGGCACUCGCCUCUUCAGCUCGAAUGACUACUCGGCCCCUCAGGACGUGACGCUGGGUGCGGAUAAGGUGAUUGACGGGCUGGACGAGGGGCUGAGGGGGAUGUGUGUGGGGGAGCGCAGGACCGUGCUGAUACCCCCCCACCUGGGCCACGGAGAGAAAGGAGCUGGUGAUGUCCCAGGCAGUGCGGUGCUGGUGUUUGAGCUGGAGCUGGUUGCGCUGCAUAAGGGGCUUCCUGCCGGCUACCUGUUCGUGUGGCUGGACGACGGACCCGCUGACCUGUUCCAGGCGCUCGACAUCAACCACGACGGGGAGGUGCCACUCGAGGAGUUCUCGGAGUUCAUUGGACAGCAGGUGGCAGAGGGGCGUGGCCGUCUGAAGCCAGGGGCGGAGUCUGAGGUUGUCAUCGGCGACAUGUUCAAGAACCAGGACCGAAACCAAGAUGGCCGCAUCACAUCAGAGGAGCUGAAACUGAAGGUGCAGGAGGACAAGGAGAGAGCUCUUCAUGAGGAGUUAUAAGGACACACACACACACACACACACACACACACACACACACUAUAACUGUGCGUUCAGACCAAGACCGUCAAAAGCGUCAAGAGCGCCGGAAAUCAUUCAUUUUCUAUGGAGAGUCGGCGUUACCGGCGUCAAAAGCGUUAUGGGCGUGAGCGUGGCUUCAUGAGCUUCACGGGCGUCAAAAAAAAGUUGAGCCUCAGUUAACUUUAUGGUAAUGAGCUAUGACACGGUUCGGCGUCAACUAAUCAGAAUGUCAAACUCGCAGGAUAGCUGCUUGUGGUUUGUUCAAAAUGUUUCACGUCAUGGCUUUGACGCUUUCGGCGCCAAACUGGGUUGAGCGUCGGGCUAUGAGCUUCACCAGCGACGUUGACGCUUUUGACGGUUUUGGUCUGAACGCACAGUAACACUAACACACACAUACACAGACAUGCACACUCACACUAUGACACAUACACAUUUUAAGACACACUAUUACACACAUCCACACGCACAGGCGAACUGUAAUAAACUCAGGGACGAACUGUUA